GAAAAGAAACUCCUCCCCUGAGCUGGAGCUGCCAUUGCACUUCCUCAAAAUCCAGCCCAUAUAAACGCACACAGGGACGUAGUUUGGCUGUAGAGGAACACGGUGCCGCACUCGGGAAAACUUCACCAAAACCACCUUCGGACUCAAGAAUGCUGCGGUGCGUGUGCAUGUUGCUGCUGGCGGCCUCGGCCCUGAGCCACCUGGAUCAGGUCUCUCUGGACGCCCAAUGGGAAGAUUGGAAGAUCACCAACCAGAAGGAAUACAACGGCCUGGAUGAAGAGGGCAUUCGCAGGGCCAUCUGGGAGAAGAACAUGCUCAUGAUCGAAGCUCACAACCAGGAGGCGGCGCUGGGCAUCCACUCCUACUCGCUGGGCAUGAACCACCUGGGCGACAUGACUUCGGAGGAAGUGACCGAGAAGAUGACCGGCCUGCUGGUGCCGGACAGCGAGCGCCGCUUCCCCAUGGAUCUGGACGACGGUGUGUCCGCGCUGCCCAAAUCCAUCGACUACCGCAAGAAGGGCAUGGUGACUCCGGUGAAAAACCAGGGCUCCUGUGGCUCCUGCUGGGCCUUCAGCUCCGCCGGGGCCCUCGAGGGCCAGUUGGCCAAGGCUACGGGGAAGCUGGUGGACCUCAGUCCUCAGAACCUGGUGGACUGCGUCACGGAGAACAGCGGCUGCGGAGGAGGGUACAUGACCACCGCCUUCAAGUACGUCCAGGACAACGGCGGCAUCGACUCGGAGGCGGCCUACCCGUACGUCGGCGAGGACCAGCCGUGCCGCUACAACUCAUCGGGCAUGGCCGUGCAGUGCAAAGGCUUCAAGGAGAUCCCGGUGGGCAGCGAGCAGAAGCUGGCUCAGGCUCUGAGCAAAGUGGGGCCCGUCUCUGUGGGCAUCGACGCCGGACUCGGCACCUUCCAGUUCUACCAGAGAGGUAUCUACUACGACAGCAACUGCAACAAGGACGACAUCAAUCACGCCGUGCUGGCCGUGGGCUUCGGAGUGACCGCCAAGGGGAAGAAAUUCUGGAUCGUCAAGAACAGCUGGGGCAAAGCCUGGGGACAGAAGGGCUACGUCAUGAUGGCACGUAACCGCGGCAACCUGUGCGGCAUCGCCAACCUGGCCAGCUACCCCAUUGUGUGAAGAGGACGACAGAAGGAUGGGGGGCUUUGCUGAGACUACUACACACAGGAACGCACAACUACAUAAGUUCAACACACCAAGCCCGUAGAAACAGUAGCCAAAGGUUUUAUUUGGUCCCGCCGGUUUUUAAAUCUGAGUUUCUUUUUACUUUUGAAUCAUUAUCAUGCAUUAAGUGCAAAGCGUGAAGUCUUGGAUUCCAAAGUCCUUUGCGGCGUGCGAUGAGUUAUUGUAAGCACUUUGAACCCCAGUGCAGACCUCCACCCUGGUCUGCUCCACGAACACCCGCCGUACCUCCAGGACAGGGUGUUAAACCAGAACACUGGUUGCUUUGGUGCCAAAGUAUAAAAAUUAAACUAAACUAACUGGCUCGGAGUUGGUCAAUUACAGUUUAUGUGGGAAGCAGAGUUUAAGAGUUUAAAUUCACUGUGAUGGGAAACAUUGCUGGGCAAUGGGAGCUCUUUCUUUCCACGCUGUGAGUUAUUUAAACGUUUUACAUUUUUAUUCUUGAUCAUGUCGACUUUGUUUUUCUGUUCAGCAUGUUUCUGAUGAUGAAACUGUAAAUUGUAGUUUUCUAUGAAUAAAGGUUCCUUUUUGAAGUUAAA